CCGGUGUACCUGGCGGCCGUGCUGGAGUACCUGACGGCCGAGAUCCUGGAGCUGGCUGGCAACGCGGCCCGCGACAACAAGAAGACGCGCAUCAUCCCGCGCCACCUGCAGCUGGCCAUCCGCAACGACGAGGAGCUCAACAAGCUGCUGGGCCGCGUGACGAUCGCGCAGGGCGGCGUCCUGCCCAACAUCCAGGCGGUGCUGCUGCCCAAGAAGACCGAGAGCAGCCAUCACAAGGCCAAGGGGAAAUGAUUCCCUUAAAAUUUCCAAAGGCUCUUUUCAGAGCCACCCACUCUGUCUUUCAAAAGAACUGAGCAUUUUCGUGGAUAGCAAUAUGGAUUGGAAGCAAUCACUUUGAACGUUUUUUUUUUUGUUUAGUGUUCCCCUACACAUUCAUAACUCCACAUAAGCUUGAAAACCUUGCUUUAAAAUAUGUAAUAGUUUUACUAAUAUAUCUGAUUAAAGUCAAUUUUUUGUAAGAAUUGUA